AUGAACAACUACAAUAACUUGCAUCUGAAGCAUGUAACUAUCAACUCGUUCAAUUAAAAGCUCUACCCUUUGUUACUCCUACUAUAAAAGGACCACCAAAUUCUUCCAUUUAGUCGCCACAAAAUUGUAACCCCUUUGCUGAUCCCAUCCCUCGUCAAUUUAAGCAAUCAAGCCCUUUUAGAUCUAAGUUUCAAUCAUGUCGCUCGAACAUCAUCACCGCCACCAUCAUCAUCACAACAUCUUCAACCAGCAUAAGGAGAAAGGCGACGAAAAGUCACCAAAUGUUGACUAUAAGAAAGAUCUGAAGCACCACAAACACAUGGAGCAUCUCGGCAAACUCGGCGUUGCAACAGCCACUGCUUAUGCUCUUCACGAGAAGCAUCAGGCCAAGAAAGACCCUGAACAUGCGCAUAAGCACAAGAUCAAAGAAGAGAUAGCCAUGACUGCAGCAGUAGCUAGUGCAGGUUUUGCACUACAUGAGCAUCACCACAAUAAGCAAGCAAAGAAGGAAGCCAAUAGGCAUCAUCACCAUUAGUACAUCAGCGGCCAGUUACAGAACUAUUGCUUUAAUAAUUUAUAUACAUGUAAUAUAUUAUCGAUGUAUUUGAUUGAUUCAUCUGUUUUGUAUGAUGCUGCAUUCACUUUGUUUGUUGCUUGUAUGGCUUGUAAGU